AUGGCGGGUAACGCCGAGGCAUGGACGUUGUUGUCCCUGGCUCUGGCCACAAUCUUCGUGCGUAUCUUUGUAAGAUGGAAGCUCGUUGGGCCGGCCAAAUUCCAACUCGAUGAUUAUCUCAUGCCAUUGGCGGGGAUCUUCUUCACCCUUGAGACGGUAGCGGCUUACCUCGUCAGUGCCAAAUUCGAAGGCCUAAACAACAGUUACAUGACACCUGAGCAGCGAGCAACGCUUUCGCCGACCUCGACUGAGUGGUCUCACCGUGUUGACGGCUCUAAGGUCCUAGUAAUUGGAUGGUCGUUAUAUGUUGCUAUUCUCUGGCUGGUCAAGUUUGCUCUGACAGUCUUCUAUUCUCGAUUGACGACUGGCCUCCAAAACCUCCCAGCCCGGGUUAGAUUGGCAUAUAUCAUCCUAGCUGUGACAUACCUGGCAACAGAGUUGUCCAUCCUACUAUCAUGCCGGCCCUUCCAUGCGUUCUGGCAAAUUUACCCCGACCCCGGCAAUGUCUGCCAUCCAGCCAACUCCCGGAUAUAUGUUCUCGUCGUCGUGACCCUUAACGUUGUCACAGAUAUUUACCUCCUCUCAAUACCGCUUCCCCUCCUCUGGGCGGUCAAGAUCGGCCUGAAACGAAAGCUCCCACUCAUGGCCCUAUUUUCUGGCGCUGCAUUUGUCAUUACCGCCGCGAUUAUUCGAGCCGUGAUGAUUCUCAGUUCCGGCGCCGAAGGGGCCCUGGCCGGCUCUAAAUGGGCUUGUCGCGAAACCUUUGUCUCAGUCGUCGUGUCCAACCUGCCCAUCAUCCAACCUCUGAUCCGCAAGGGCUUCAAGAAGAUCGGCCUUUCCCAACCCUUCGGUUCCUCGGGCAAACAUUCACAGUCGUACUCGCUCUCCAGCCGGGUUCGACAGACCCUGACAAACCGUGGUGAGCACAGCACCAAGAAGAGUAAGAUAGACGCUGCGGGGCCGUCGCAUACGCAAGUUUCCGCAUGGGGCAGUAACGAACAUAUACUCCCUGGGCCUAGCCCUUCUUCUAAUGAUAUUACGGUUGUCUCAGAGACUGUCGUGCAGAGUGAGCCGUGGUUCGGAGAGGAUGGGCAUGGUGCGUCGACGACGCCGCCGAAGGAGUGGGAAAGUCCGUUGCCGCAUCGAUGA